ACUCUGUUCUUUCAUAAAAACCUAAGGUGAGGCUCCCCGUUCACCCCCACCACCAUCGAGAAACAGACCUUUCUCAAUGCCCAAUUGAUUUCCAGUACCUAGUUUAUUUAAUUCAAACCUUUUUCCUUAAUUAAUUUGAUUAGGUUGUCAUUAGGAAGUUAGGAUUCUCUUAAUCCAUGGCUUCUACGGCGAGAAAAGACGUCGAUCGGAUCAAAGGUCCAUGGAGUCCCGAAGAAGACGAGGCGUUGCGAAGACUGGUCCAAAACUAUGGCCCUAGAAACUGGUCUUUAAUAAGCAAAUCGAUUCCUGGUCGAUCUGGCAAGUCGUGCCGGUUGCGAUGGUGUAACCAGCUUUCCCCCGAGGUCGAACACAGGCCCUUUUCACUUGAAGAAGAUGAAACCAUUAUCCGGGCCCAUGCUCGUUUUGGCAACAAGUGGGCCACCAUAGCUCGCCUCCUCAAUGGCCGCACAGAUAACGCCAUCAAAAACCAUUGGAACUCCACCCUCAAGCGAAAAUGUUCUUCCUUCACUGACGACUUAAGCGACGAUGCAGAUGCCCGACAACCUCUCAAAAGAUCCGCCAGCGUUGGAGCGGGCACCAACAUCUCUGGUCCGGUUUCGGGUCUUCAUUUGAACCCUAGCAGUCCUUCCGGAUCCGAUGUCAGUGAUUCCAGCUUGGCCGGCAUGUCAUCUUCUCCAGUUUACAGGCCCCUGUCGAAAACGGGUUCCCUUGUCCCACCAGUUCUUUCAAUCGAUGCUGCCUCAUCCACCACGGAUCCGCCAACAUCUCUGAGCCUUUCUCUUCCUGGAUCCGAUUCUUGCGAAGCCUCAAUCCAAGUACCUAAUUCCGGGUCAGGAACCGGAUUCAAUCGCGGAGUAAACCCGAUACAAGAUGUACAGACACCGGUUGCACCGCCAACUGCUGCUGGGGUGCAGCAAGCUCCAGCUGCACAACAUAACGGAGUUGGGUAUGAGAGGCAGUUUUUCAGUCCUGAGUUUUUGGCAGUGAUGCAAGAGAUGAUACGGAAGGAAGUGAGAAAUUACAUGUCUGGUAUAGAGCAGAAUGGGCUGUGCUUGCAAACUGAAGCCAUAAGGAACGCUGUAGUUAAGCGUAUUGGCAUUAGCAGAAUCGAGUAGACAAACAAAGUAGUGUCUAGUGAUCAAGAUGAUCCAGCAGAGUCGAGUCAGCAGGAAUCGGGGAGAGAGAGGAGGUGUGGGAUGAGAGAAAAUGGAGUUGAAAAUGAUCCUUGUUUACUCAAGUUCCUUUAAUCGUUGCUUUAUACAGAAGAAAUAAUUUUGGUAGUGUACAGAGAAACAAAAUGGUAUUUAGAGUGUUUCUUUUAUGGGAGAAGAAGAGGAUCUCUGAUGAUAAGUGGAGAUUAAAAAAAAAAAAAAACUUUUUGAAUAUAAACUUCAAGAGAAGAAAAAUCUCCUUGUUGGUUC